CCACUGAUCUCCCCUGAGUCUACAAGCAGACAACUGACGCUGAUAUACUGGACAGGCAGGAUAGGUUCAGCAAGCCUCAGGGGAAGAUUAGCUACUAGAAAAGCAGAAAUCAUUUUGAAGAAAUGAACAGCUGAAAUGAAAACCAAAUGAUUUCAUAAGAAAUAUCCUGUGAGAACACACUGUUGCAACUAAUGGAAGCCACUUCGAAAAGGUCCAGUCAUCUGUGCCAUGAAAAUGGUGACUGGAUGUCACACCUGCCAGAAAAUCUCUGGGAUGUUCCUCUCCAUAAUUUAUCCCUUCCAGGGAGCCAUGAUGCUAUGACUUACUGUUUGGAUAAAAACUCUGAUGUAAGUGUCAAUGAAUCAAAGCUGUUGCAGGUGAUAGAUAAAUGUAUGCCCUGCAUCAUACGUCCUAUUAUUAUGAAGUGGUCUAUAACACAGGUACUAAGUGUGUCAGAACAACUGGAUGCUGGGAUUAGAUAUUUGGAUUUUAGGAUUGCUCACAAGCCUAAUGACUCUUCUGUGAAUUUGUACUUUGUGCACAUGGUAUACACAACGGCUGUAGUAGAGGAUAUUCUGCGGGAAAUUUUAAAGUGGUUGCAGACCCAUCCUCAGGAGGUCGUUAUCCUUGCCUGCAGGAAUUUUGAUGGAUUGACCAAGGAACUCCAUCAUCAUCUGAUCUCCUGCAUAAAAAAGAUUUUUCAUUCUAAACUGUGUCCAAAAGAUGUGGUUCCAACGCUACGGAACAUGUGGACAUAUCGGUACCAGGUUAUCAUCUCCUAUGAGGAUGUGACUGAAGUAAUGAAUCACCGUGAACUAUGGCCUGCAAUUCCAUAUUGGUGGGGAAACAAGACUGCAGCCCGAGAUCUUAUUCAGUAUCUGGAACGUAUGAAAAAGAAUGGGCGCCCAGAUUGUUUCUUUGUUGCAGGGAUUAACCUUACUUCAGACUUAGAGUACAUUCUGGCACAUCCAUUUGGAUCCGUGAAGAAAAUGGCCCUUUCUAGCCUUCCAUACUUGAAACUCUGGAUAAAGAAACAGUAUCCAGGACCAAAGAGGGAAUGUAUCAACAUCAUUGCUGGAGACUUCAUAGGAAAUUAUGAUUUUGUAAAUGAUGUGAUAGAACUUAACAAGAAAAUCAUCCCUCCAUUACAUUACGAUGGUAAUGAGACUGAAUUAAAGGAUGUUUCAUGACUUUCAGCUUCAUAAUCUUGGUAUGAUUGAGUAGCUUUUCAUCAGCUCUCACAGGGAAGGCAAUUUUCCUGGUUCAGAUACAUCAUGUGUGUAUAUAAAUGAUGCUUCCUCCCCCCAGGGAUGUUGUGAAGAUUCAUUAGUUGAUGCUUUCAUACCAAAAUCAGACUUUAAAAUACACAAUGCUUACGGCAAGCAAAACUUCCUAAAACUAGGGGAGGGAGAAGAGCAAGAAGGCUUCUCCUUAAGUUCUCUAGUGCCCUUGCCACCUAGGUGUAAUUUAGCUGGGAAGAGCAUAAAUAUUGCAGUAACUGGUGUUGGAGAAUAUCCUAAGAACCUUACUCAUCUUUCGCAAAACUUAGAAAAUAAAUUUGUU